AUGAAUGGAUCUCAGGGAAGCGGCGGGACUGCCUCUGCUAGAGACAUUCUCAUCUCCAUGGAGACCUUAGAUAAUGUUGAUAAUAUUCUCAAUCUUGGGAUUAUCUCGUUCCUCGCCAUCCUGGGCAUCUGUUCCAACUUUUUAAACAUUGUCGUCUUCUCCGCCCAGGGAUUCCAGGACAGCGUCAACAUCUCGCUGACCGCGAUGGCUAUCUGGGAUCUCCUCAAGUGCAUUGUGGGGCUCGCCAUUCGCGUGUACGGCCCUCUGGGGUGGAUCUCGCCCGCUUACAAAAAGACCUGGAAAAAUAUUUCUACGCCUACGUUGAACUACGUCCAGGUCUUCGCCAACUACGUCACCUACGUCAUGGCCGCCUACGUGGCCUUCGAGCGCUGCCUCUGCGUGACCUUGCCCUUUAGGGUCAAGCUCAUUUUCACCCCUGCAUUAACUUUAACGAUUAUGGUCCUGAUAUCAAUAUCAGUUAUCGUUUCAUUCGGGGUCAUCUUUUUUAUUUACGAUUUAAAGUUGGCUUUCGACCCCACUUAUAACAGCUCCGUCGUCGAAUACUCAUACAACACAUUUUAUCAAGACAACGGAGCUUCCGUAAUCGAUUAUUUCAACCUCAUUGGAAUCGUCAACCCGAUCUUCUCCUUUCUUGUCAUUGUCGUCUGCACCGCGAUGAUCUUUUACCGAAUGCAUAAAAUGUCCAAGUUCCGGUCGCAGUCCGUUCGGAAACAAAAUGAUAUGAGCUCCAGGGAAAGGCAGAUAAUGAAGAUGCUUCUGGUGGUCAUUAUAGUUUACAUCCUGGCACUUCUGCCAAGAUUCGCGCUGUACGCGGGCAAGAUGGUGGAGCCGGAGUUCUACUACCUACGCGCGUACCACAACCUGUUUAACGUCUGCGCCUACGUCGUCAUGACAGUUGACUUCAUCAACGCCUCUGUCCAUCUUUUCAUCUAUUUGAAGAUGAGCACCAACUUCCGGCGGAACUUCUACAAUCUCUUCCAAUGGCGCAGACGACAAGGACGUCUAGAAUGA